CUGCUGUCUGACAUCAGAUACAUAUUAAGAGAGGAGGAGAGGCAGAUAUAUUAGGAAGAAGUUGAGGCAAUCAACACAGAGCUGAUUUAAACACAUCAGAGAUUUAAGGUUUGUCUCAGUGGCAGUGACUCUACAGAUCGUGCAGGAGCACAGCUGACCCCAUUAUCCAAUUCAUUUCCCUUUCGCCUUCUGCCCCUUCUUCCCACCCAAGACCAUGGAGGAGGUCACCAAGGUCCCGCCACCCGUCCUGGAACGUCGGGUUCGCCAGCGACAGACCACAGUUUCAGUCCUCAAAUCCAAGCUGAAGCAUGGCGUGACCUGCUCCGUACCAAAAGUUCAAUCCACCCUCACCGGAUUCUUCCCUGUUGUUCGCUGGCUGCCUAAAUACAAGCUUAAAGAGUACGUCUUGGGCGAUUUGAUGUCCGGGGUCAUCGUUGGAAUCAUCUUGGUACCACAGGCCAUCGCCUACUGUCUGCUGGCAGGAGUGCCGCCCAUCUAUGGUUUAUACACCUCUUUUUACGCCAACAUCAUCUACUUCCUCAUGGGGACGUCUAGACAUGUCUCUGUGGGGAUCUUCAGCCUCAUGAGCCUCAUGGUUGGACAGGUGGUAAAUAAGGAGAUGUUCCUGGCAGGAUUUGACCUCAAUGAAGACUCCAAAGCUUCUGGCCUGGUGUUAAAUGCCUCCCUCGCCUCUAAUCUGACAAUUGGUUCACCUCACAGUGUGGAGCUAAUGGGUGUGCAGUGUGGGAAGGACUGUUACUCCAUCUCCAUCGCUACUGCCCUAACAUUCAUGGUUGGCGUCUAUCAGCUCCUUAUGGCCGUGUUUCGGCUAGGCUUCGUCUCCGUUUACCUUUCGUCACCCAUGCUUGAUGGUUUUGCUACGGGAGCCUCUUUCACCAUCCUCACCGUACAGGCUAAAUACCUGUUGGGCAUAAAGAUCCCCCGUCACCAAGGCUACGGCACAGUUGUCGUCACCUGGUUCAACAUCUUUGCCAACAUUCAUAACACCAACCUGUGUGACCUCAUCACUAGUGCAAUCUGUAUCUCUAUAUUAGUGGCAGGAAAGGAGAUCCAGGAGCGCUACAAGGAUCGUCUGAAGAUCCCUUUCCCGACUGAGCUGAUUAUAGUGGCAGGAGCUACGCUGGCUAGUCAUUUUGGGGAUCUGAACAGCAAAUAUGGCUCCAGUGUUUCCGGUCACAUCCCCACAGGGUUCAUUCCUCCUCAGGUGCCCAGCUUUACUCUGAUGCCACGGUUGGCACUGGAUGCUAUUCCUCUUGCAGUCAUUAGGUAA